GUUUUUCGUUUGUUUUUACUUUUUAUUUCAGUUGUUAAACAAUUCCUAGUACUCUUUUCGUACCGUUCUCUUGACUUAGUAGGUAGUAAAUUUAGAGAAACAUUGUUGGCUUCCUCUUGCAAGUUUGGUGGAAUAUUUGUUAAUUCUUCGUCACUGUGUGAAUGACUAUUCAUGUUCACUAAUAGACUUACACUGACGUUUAAUCAACAUUUAUGUGAAACGUCAAAGUACGCAAGUGACAGUCAAAGGUAUCUAGAUAUCUAGUGAAAAACUACAAAAUCGGGCUGUUAUGAGUUUAGCAGCCUAUGUGACGAUAUACAUUACUUUCGGUCAUAUUUUUAGGGUUGAUAUAAUUCAUUUUCACAUUAUGGUGGGCGAAAAAAUAUGUAUUUAUUACUCUUUUUUUAUCCAGUAACUAUUUUUCAAAAUAUCGUUUAACAAUUUCGGAUCACCCUCUACAAAAAUAUGAUUAAUAAUCUAGAUAAAAACACUUCAAUGUUACAAUUACUUGAAGCGAAUCUUACUUCCUUCUCCUAAGGCGAACGCCACUUAUGUUACGCCACUGAAAUACGGAAAGACAGAGAAUUCGUUUGUAGGUUAUGUAUGACAGACGGACAGUGCUAUUCCGUGAAUUUAGACGUUAAAUAACCGUUACGUAAGGGUCAGUUUAACCAUUAUAAGUUUGUUUGAGAGUGUUAUAUUCGGCCGUACGUCAACCACGUGUUAAACAAGGACAUUCAUCCAUAUGAUUUUACUAUAUCGAAAGAAAAUAUCCGAAAUUGCCAGCUUUUGCUCGUAACUAGCCGUGCAAUCGCAUGUGCCUUGGAUUCCAACUCUCUCGCUAUAAAUUCUAGUUAAUAAUAAAAAAAUAAUUGAAUAAAAGUUUAAUCAAAAUGUUUAGAAAAUUAAGUGCACUUUUGGUUCUUGUGUCGAUAUUUUCUGUCGGAGCAGACAGGCUGGAUUGGGAUUUAGCAGUGGUCGUCAAAAACGAAAUCAAACUGCUGUCCUUCAACGGAUCGGAAAUAGAUUCGAGGUCGCAGCCCUUCUCAUCGCUCAAAGCCCUAGUUUACGAUGGUGUCAGAGACCAAUUCAUCGUCAGCGAUACUGAUAUGGACCUAAAAAACGACACCAUCUUCACCGUUCGCUUUACCAAAGAGACUGAUAUUACCGUACCAAUCAUCCGAGAUCUUCCUGGCGACGUACAAGGGUUGGCUGUUGAUCCAUUAGAAGACGUCUUAUAUUGGACAGACGCAUUUAAUCACACCAUAAAUUAUGUUCGUCUAAAUGGGACAACAACAUUCGAUUCAAAAGAAUAUAAAGUCUUCGAUGACAAAUAUCCUCAUGCCAUAGCGAUUGAUGUUUGUAAUCGCUACAUUUAUUACACAAAUCCUUCAGGGGAUAAUCCUACCAUCGAAAGAAUGAGAUUAGACCAUACGGGACAUGAAACCCUGGUGUCCAAUACUAUUAUGACUCCUGUAGGUCUCGCCAUAGAUUACAAGGACCAACGACUUUACUGGGCUGAUAGUCGUAUAGGGGCAGCUGCUGGUAGGAUAGAAAGUAUCGCAUUAGAUGGAACAGACAGAAAAUUAGUGAUCGAAAGAAACGCCAUGGAACCAUAUGGUCUAGCGAUAGGCGAAGACGCCAUCUAUUGGACAGACACCAACAAUAACUACUUAUACAAGUUUCCAAAAAGCGUAGUAGACCCGUACGCGGAUCCCGAAAAGUUAGCCAUGUUUUCCGAAAUUCCUAUGGGUCUGGUCACUAAAAAUUACCUGCUUCAUGACGAUUGUGGGAAUUUAACUGCCGUUAUCAAGGAGUAUCAGGAGCGUAAAAACAAUUUCGAUCUAACGAACGCUCCUAUUAAAGAGAAGGAGUUCGAGAAAUGCCUGAACGGUGACAUUAUAAAUGAAACGUUUUGCCAAUGCAAAAGGGGAUACAGAGGAAAGUACUGCGAUAUUUCGGUAUGCAACGAUGAUUACUGCGUCGGGGGAAGCUGCUACAUCAGUAGUUUGGGAAAAGCCACGUGUCACUGCGAUGAAGGAUACAAAGGUUCGAGAUGUCAGAAACAUAUCUGCGACGGUUACUGCUUAAACGAAGGACAUUGUACCAUCAAUUCCUCCAGAAAUCCAAAAUGCAGCUGUCUCGAAGGCUUCAUCGGCAAUAGAUGCGAAUACAACGAGCAAAUUUGCGAAUACUAUUGCAGAGACAGCCCAAACAAUGUUUAUUCCGAAAAAUUUGAACAAAUGUGCAGGUGCAGCUACAUAUAUCCGGUAAAGAACGCCAGUUCAACUUUCCAGUCGGUUUUAAACGGAAAGUCGGAAAUUUUGUCGAGGCUCGAGGAUCCUGUAGUGUAUCUUUCUUCCUUGUUGCUAUGUUCUUUAUUAGUGAUCGUCGCUUUGGCCGUCUACGUUCGAAACAUCAAGAAGAGACGACCGAGGAUCAAGAAACGCAUCAUCGUCAACAAGAACAUCACUCCUUUAACGUACCGACCACAGCAGAACACGGAACAGUGCGAGAUCACCAUCGAGAACUGUUGCAACAUGAAUAUCUGUGAAACGCCGUGUUUUGAACCGACUGGCGAAGACAAAAAGAAACUUCUCACAAACAUGGAGGGCGAAGACAUCUAUUAGAAGCCAUCGACCGGAUAAUCGGCUGUGACUGUACAGAGUAUUAAAAGAAUCGUUGUUAAGUUUGAAUAUUUAUAUUUAUACAAGGACUAUUGCUGUUGUCAUUGGAAAGAGGCUUAAAAUUAGACUGAUUGGGUAACCUUUAUCAUUCCCCCGUUUCCCUCCUAUCCCAACACACACACUUCCCGAAUAUUUAAUCACAAUAAUUGCCAUGACAUGUCUGCUAAGUUUGAUAACUAGUUCGUUUCAUACAGUCUACAUCAUAAUUGACUGCGCCAUGUUUCGUCUUAAGUUCAAUUUAUUUGGACUUGGAUAAGAAAUGGACUAGUCUAAAUCAAAUUUAGAUCAAGCAUUCGACUUAUGACAAAUGACAACUGAAUUAUCCAUAAGCUGUGCUUUCCCCACCUCGGUUCUAACAUUCUACGAAUGAUAUUUAAACAAUAUUGUUCUGUGUCCUGAAGCUUCAAAAGCGCUGUAACAUUUUCCCUUGUCGCUAAAUAAAUUUCGGCAUCUAGUAACUUAUUUAGUAUUACUGAUACUUUUUACAGCCCUUCUGAUGCUUCCUAAAUGCUAUGUUUGUAUUUCCGUUUUGAGUAUACCACCGACAUGAGCAUUUAAUGGUUAAAUGUAUGAAAUGCCAAAGUUGUACAUAACAGUGUACGAUUGUUUUGUAAAGUUAUACUUUUAAGAUUUCUUGAUAAACUUAAGGGUGGAAAUGUAGAUGUCGAUUAUGGAAUGUUUUCUAUGAUCAACUUGGGGUUGCCAUAUUAAAACUUCGGGUCAGUAACUUAAUUCAAUGUUCCAUAUAAAAGAUUUCCGUCAUAAUAUCAAUUCCACAUAAAAACAAUCAUGCAUAAAAAAUUUGCUAUAAAAGAUGUCCCACAUAAAAGCUAUAUGACAUUGAAGGCAUUCACAAAAUCAAUUUCAUAUCAAAUUCAACACAAAAUAGAUCUUUCACAAAAAUCAGUCUCACAUAAUAGCCGUCCCUCUUAAAUCAAUUUCAUGUAAAAUAAAUCCCACAUAAGUUAUGUCAUAAUAGAUGUCCCACAUAAAAAAAGUUGUCUAUCAUGAAACCAAGUACACAAAAUCAGUCCCACAUAAGAGUGGUUCUUCAUAAAAGUUGUGGUAUAAAAUAAAUUUCACACAAAAUCGAUCUUA